GGUGAAUGAUCACUUCCACUACCCACUGACCCGCUGACUAGUGGGGCAAAGCAACUGUAAAUCUCAAUGACAUGUGGGGUCUGUUAGCAGCCCUCCUCUCCCGGGCGCGCAUCCCCCUGUUUCCAACCUCUCCCGAGACCCGGCGGCGGCGGCGGCGCCACGGAACCACCGACCUCCGCUGUUGCAGCUUGCGGCCGAGCUGUCUCUCCAUGACAAGGCGACCGCUCUGCUUGUAGCGGACCGUCGCACAGCGAGGGAGCUGUAUGGGAGUCGAGGGAGCAAGCGGAGCGCAGCCGAGCCCGGAAGCGAGUCUCGCGGCGGCGGUGGGGAGGAGGAGUGGGCGGAGCCAUGGCCCGGUCCCGGGCGCUGCUGGACCUGUCCACGCGGCUGAUGAACGUCUGCCUCGCCGCGCUCUGCCGCGGCGGCAGCCUCGACCGCGCGGAGGCCGUCCUCGUCGACGCCAUCCGCCUCGGCCUGCCCCCCGACGUCGUCACCUACAACACCCUCCUCGCCGCGCACUGCCGGGCCGCGGGGCUCGACGCGGGGCUCGCCGUCGCGCGCCGGAUGCGGGAGGCCGGGGUGAGCCCCGACGCCGUCACCUACAACUCCCUCAUCGCGGGUGCGGCGCGGCGCGGGCUCGCGGUGCGCGCCCUCGACCUGUUCGACGAAAUGCUCCGCUCGGGCGUCUCCCCCGACUCGUGGAGCUACAACGCGCUCAUGCACUGCCUGUUCCGGUCCGGGCACCCCGAGGACGCGUACCGGGUGUUUGCUGACAUGGCGGAGAAGGGCGUCGCGCCGUCCGCCACGACGUACAACACGAUGCUGGAUGGGCUGUUCAGGGCUGGCCACGCCACGAACGCCUACAGGAUGUUCAGGUACCUGCAGAGGGUGGGUCUCCCCGUUGGCAUUGUGACGUACAACACAAUGAUCAACGGGCUGUGCAGGUCAGGCAAGGUGGGCUAUGCCCGCAUGGUCCUUAAGGAACUGGGGAGGACUGAACAUGCCCCUAAUGCUGUCACAUACACGACGGUUAUGAAGUGCUGCUUUAGAUACGGCAGGUUUGAUCAGGGUUUGGAGACCUUUUUGUCCCUUCUUGAAGGAGGGUACAUUUCAGAUGCUUUCCCGUACACGACGGUGAUCAGCGCGCUUGUCAAGAAGGGCCGGAUGCAUGAAGCCAAUGCCUAUUGCGAGCUCAUGAUACAAAGUGGUUCCACUCUUGACAAUGCAUGCUACAACACGCUGAUUCACCUGCGAUGCCAAGAAGGGAAGCUGGACGACGCGUUUGACCUGCUGAACAUGAUGGAAGAAGGUGGUCUGGAGAGCGAUGAGUACACAUUCUCAAUUUUGGUCAAUGGUCUGUGCAAGAUGGGGCAAAUUGAGGCCGCAGAGAAGCAGAUAUGGUCCAUGGAGAUGAUGGGCAUGCAAUCAAAUGUGGUGGCAUACAAUUGCUUGAUUGACGCACUAUGCAAAUCUCAUGAGGUGGAUGCAGCCAUCAAAGUACUGCACAGCAUGAAGCUAAAGGAUGAUUUUACUUACACAUCACUAGUCCAUGGUCUCUGUAAGGUGGGCAGGUACCAUAUGGCAUCAAAAUUCUUGCGGAUCUGCUUGCAUGAAGGGAACAAUGUUCUCGCAUCUGCAAAGCGCGCUGUCAUUUCUGGGCUUCGUAGUGCAGGGUUUAAAAAUGAUUUGAGGAAAGUCCGAUCAGCAUUAUAUAUGGCUAGGCUGUUGCGGUCUUAGUCUAAGGAAAAAGAUCUGCAACCUGACUGGAUGAUCCUGUGAAACGGCCAAUUCAGUAUAGACGGAAUACAUGAUCCUUUACGGAGAUGGAAGAUGAAGCACUUAAACCACUCUAUCAGGGCAUCAUGCUCCACAGGAAGGAUUCCAGAACUGGGUUAUCUCUAUAGAGGUGCUCCUAUAAAUCAGUUAUUGGAGGCUCCAUAGUCUGGUGAUGUUAAAGUGCGCAGCAAGCCAUGUCAUUCUCAAAGCAAAAGGUCUAUUGAACAUCAAUGAACAACGAGGCCUGAUGCACACAUGAUCACUACUUGGCACAGGCUGAUGCACUCAUGACCUCUAGUUGACAGAUGGUACCAGCUUCACAUGUGCAGGAAAUGAUCCCUCCAUGGUCUUAAACUUCACCUAUCAUCAUAUUGGUUUGAGGUGAAUGAAUUGAGGUGUUGGAUUGAACUCGGUGACUAUUAGUAUUCCCUCCAACAGAAGAACAGAGCUGCCCCGGUUGGAUGGACACAGUAUGCAGUCACAAAAUGAAGAAGUCGCAGCAUAGUACAGAACACCCCGUUUGUUAAUUAUUUUGUUUGGUUUUGGUUCGUUAAUUCUUUUGGAGUGGGUGAGAAGGAAUCUUAUUCUCUUCGAGUGAUACCUUAUCUCACAAUCAAUUAUCCGUCAGAGGUGAAUCUAUACCGAUGAAAGACUACACAACACCUAAUUACAUAGCUAUGCUGAUGGCAGGCAUGAGGCUGCAAAGAAGUUUAGUAUUUUUGCUCUAAAACUCUAGCAAUCCGCUGAUGAUGUGCAAUUUAGUAAAGUAGACAUAACCACAAUUGAGUUAAUGCAUAUUGAUCUUUGCUUUUCCAUUUAUAACCUUCAUUUAUCUGCUCUUGUUCAAAUGGUGAAUAAAUAGUGUGCGUUUAUUUGUUUUAGAGCCCUCUGGCUGGAUUAGUUUCAGCUGUAGCAUGUGGUCGGGUUGUAUGUUUUUGUUUAGUCGUACGGAUGUAAUUCUGUAGUUUUGGUGGGUGUGAUCCUACCAGCUUGUACUUGGACCACUCAUUCUUUCUUAUAUAAAUACAAAUGUUUGCAGCUC